AUACGAGGAGUGAUUAAGCUGGACACCAGCAUCGGCAGCCCGCAUCGACAGCCCAUGCAAAUGGUGGGGACAAAAAUAAACACGGAUAGCUUGAGUGAGCGCUUUGGUUAAAUCAUUGGAAUAUCUAUCGAUUAUGACUUUUUACGAUGCAAUCUUCCACCCCUUCUUCUCUGAGGCCCAAAGGACUCAAUUGGCCAGUCUCCUCGCACAUCACCGUUUUUGUGCGAAACCUCAGGCUACUGCACUUUGACCAGCUCCCUGACUGGCCAAAUUUAACUGUCCGCUCCUUUUCGGGUGCUCAAUCAAACCUUCGGCAGCGCAUCAAAGCGGUGGAAUGGUCUCUAUACCAACUGUUUACGAUAUGGGACCCAGAAGGGGCUCAAAAUAAAUUGCGUCCUUUUUUCCCUCCACUUGAACCCUUGCAAUCCGUUAACCUUCGGGCAGCCCUUUUUCGUGCGCUGUCCGAUAUGAAAAAGAAUGGGGUUCUGGGAAGGGAAGUGAUACUCCGUAAGACGAUGCUUGAUGAGUGUAAAGGGGAGAAAUUCGAGGAGGCGCUGGCCAUAUUUUCUUUGACAGUGCUACGGAAGGUGAUAUUGGCUCGCAAGGGUGAACACCACAAUCCAGUUCUUGAGAUGACUAUCAAUGGGAGAGCUUCGUCCUCAGAACAAGAGAUGCUGGUUCCACUGAUUAUAGCCCAUCGCGUCUCACUCACAACCAUGAUUAAUGAUAAAUGCCAUGUACGACAAGCUUAUGACCAACUAAAAACCCUACUUGAAAAUAAGACGAUAGAGCUUGCUGCCCGAUCAAAGCAAGCUGCGAAUAAACCCACUGCUGACGAAGAUGAACUUAGCCAUGAGAUCGUGAACCUAUGGCAUGGAAAUGAAAAAUGGGCCCACACAAUUCUCAAUGGCGGAAUACGAGUGUCCACUGAUCACGUUCUCGAAUCAUCCUUUUCCCAAACGCUGUCGCUUAUUAGAAAUGGCCAGCUAGGUGAUAUAGGAAACAGGCCUUCCUCAGAUCUAUUGGCUGAUUUAGAUAAUCGACUCUCAGAGCAGAAGGCUAGAGUUGAAAAAUGGCGGAAAUUUAAACAUACUCUAGUGGAAGAACGAGGUGUAAAGCAACCAUCGAAACACCGCAGCUCCUCCCAGAUAUUAGCUUUCCGGGACCACCAGUCGUUAACAAUCGCUUCACUCGCUCAGUCAGAUCGCGCGUCGACCUCUCUGUCGACCAAUGGCACAGAGUACUCCUCAUUAGUUUCAGCACUUGAUGCUGCGCUUCUGAAGCACGAGGUCAACAUCUCACAAAAGAAACGGCAGCCAGAUUCAGAAGAUUCAAGAAACCAGCGAUUACAUAAUGCUCAUUCAAAUCGUGAUUACUCAAUAGACCAAGCGACGCUGAGUCUUCUGGCUGACCAACCGACUCCUAAUUCGAGCGACAUGGAUAAUACAUCCAUGCUCUCCUCUCUCCCAACCCAAGGGAGCGGUAGAAGCUCUCCUAGACUAGAAAGCAGAGAGAUAAGCGGAUCAGGAAGUCCGAAUUACGAAUAUUCGUCUGGUGCUGUGACGCCAUCAAUCACUAUUGACUAUGAUUCCAACCCAAGCCCUAUGAACAUGGACACAGAAUCGCUGCAACCAAUCCCUGUACAACCCACGCGAGCUGUUUCAGGCAGCCUCGUCGAACGCACAAGGCAAUCGAUGUCGUUCCUCCCCAAACCAAGCUCGCGACCCCGUCAGUCCCUAGCAGCUAAGCCUCGAAAGUCCCAAGUGUUCCCUACAAACCAGUUUGAAACUCCGAAAAGAGACGGUCCCCGGAGUCUCGAGCCAGGAGGCUCUGGGACGUCAACACCUAAGGAAGAACUAUUUAGUCAGGAUGCGGAUUAUGCUAGCGUGUUUAAGAGCAGGCCCAGGGUUGCCAUGAGCCCCGUCAAUUCUCCAGCGGUACAUAUGUUACCAAUGGAUGAUAGUGACAUGGACGCGGAUCAGACUAUAAAUAUAGGUGCUGGAGUUGCUGAAGGAGACUUGCAAAACUCGCCUCUUUUUGCGGCUCGGUUCACAUCUAGAAAAAUGAACUUAUAA